GAAAGCAGAUUGCAACACAUCGUCGUACGUGUUUGAGCAGCCAGCAGAUAUAUUAUACGUGCAAUCAUGCAUCAAUCCUAUAAGUAUAUGUUGCAAGAAUCCACGUACCCAAAUAUCUCUCCAUACAAAUAUAUAUAUAUAUAUAUGCUUUUAAAUUAUUCUUUAAUUUCUUCCUCUGGCCCUUGAGAUAAAAAGGGCAAAUAAUCAAAUUCUCUAUAUAUCCCACUUCUCACCCACUCCUCCUAUAUAUAUACUCCACAACUGAACAACUUUCUCAGACAUCAAACAAACUUACCUCCAUCCUGACAAGUAUUAACCAAGUCCAUAUAUAAGACACGAAACCUACGUUGUUUUCUUUUUCUUUUCCUUUUAUAUAUACCUCAUUUCUUAGGGUUGGACGAGAAAGAUGGAAGCGGUGAAGAGGUUGACGGCGGAGAAACCGGUGGUGAUAUUUGGGACGAGUACGUGCUGCAUGUGCCACACCAUUAAGACACUAAUAAGCAGCUUUGGAGCAAAUCCUAUGGUUUACGAGCUGGACCAGGUGCCCAACGGGCAGCAGCUGGAGAGGGCGCUGGUGGCGGCAUUGGGGCAGAGGCCGAGCUUUCCUGCGGUGUUCAUCGACCAAGAAUUGGUGGGGGGAGCGAAUGAGGUGAUGAGCCUUCAUGUGAAAGGAGCGCUAGUCCCAUUGCUCAAGAAAGCUAAAGCCAUCUGGAUAUAGAUAUAUAUAUCUAUAUAUAGCACUUCUUCAACACAAA